UUUGAUGAGUGGAGCAAGCCAGAUGGAGUCCUAAUCAACAGCUCCAUCGCUGCCCAGACGGAGCGAAGCUGUCAGAAUUUGGCAGCCGUUCUGAAAGAGGUAGGUUUAUCGAUGUCGCGAGUGGUUAAAUGCAACAUCUUCUUGUCUGACAUAGGACAUUUCGCGGAGAUGAAUUCAGUCUAUGCUACAUACUUCCCUCAUAAGCCUGCCCGAAGCUGCGUGGCGGUGAAGACACUGCCUAAGGAUUCUGAUGUCGAGAUUGGGUGCGUAGCUCUCCCAUAG